CGUGGUCAGUCCACACCAAAGUCAGUCACGACAGACUCACACAUCACACAUCACCAUCACACACUCCAUUUGAUCCGCCAUCCCGCCAGCCGCACUUUGUCCAGCGGGUCUGGCCCCCCUAAUGGCAUCUCGCCCUCACCUUCAGCCGACUGUGGGGGCUGCUCUUGUGGCGGCACGGACUCCUUCUCGCCUUCCGCUGGCCCAGUUGGCUCGGCUGGGGCUGGUGGCAGGUCGGCAGAAGCCGUCUGUGACCGAAACACAGACGCCCAUGGUCGAUAGCUGGAUCAAUCGUGUUGCGUGCUGUGUGCAGGUGCGCACCUUGGUCUCUGUUUGUCUGCGGACGUGCUCGGCGGCAGCAGGAGUGCCUGAGAAUGCAUCAGACAUAGCGAAAGACACGCCAUGGAUUGUCUCAUAUCUUCGACAUGUCUGUCUCAUGCAUGUGUGAGUGUCGGUUGCCUUUGAGGAAGAGGAAUGCCUUUGGGGGUCCUCUCUUCUGCAGCCGAGACACAAGCGUGAGACUCUCCACAUUCGUGUUCUCCUGCACACACGCAGACAGACGCACGAAGAGACACACAGACGUGCAGCCGUCUGUCUCCGUACUGGUUGUUAUGUACCAGAUGUAGCAGCUUGAGACUGCAGUUUCUCCACAGCAGGUGAACAGGCGGCUGUCCCUCGCCCGCAGCCACAUUCUCCUCCAGCCUGUCGGCCAGUGGUGCCAGAAAUGACGUCGGGGCUCCCUCACCGCCGGCUGUCUCGUCGUCCUCAAUGCCGCUCGAGAUAAGCUGGUCGAUCGUUGGGGCGGCCUCGUCACUGAAGAUCAGGUAGGUACGGCCACAUGCACAAGAAGGCCGUCUACGAUUAGUUGCCUUUGGUGUGUGUUCUGCCUGUCUCCCAUGCAUACGUACGUCUUUCCCGCUUUUGCCGCGGCGGCUUUGUCCUUUUCCUUUUGUUGCUGGAACGACUGGAGGGUCUUCUGCUGCUCCUUGACCAGCCCUUGGAUCGCCUUGAGCUCGUCAGCUGGCACCACGGUGCACCCUGCAGGGGGCAGGUGCGUGUGUGAUGACAUCCAUCCAUCUGUAGCUGCCGUCAUGCGUACCGAGGUAUUUGGUGAGGUUCUGCAGCCCCCUGUCGGUGACCGGGUUGCGAGCAAGCAAAAGGCACUCGAGAGUGCGGUUGAAGUAGAGAGCGGUGCCCAUGGCCUCACAGCACCGGUCGUCCAGCCGAUUGCCAUACAGAUUCAGCACCUUUAGCCGCGUGUUGGCCUGCAGCAUCUCCACCAAAGGGCCGCUGCACCGGGCAUCCAGCCCACAGCUGCGAAGGCUCAAUCGCUAUGGCACAAACCAAAGAACAAUCAGACCGUUCAAACACAUGGAUCGCGCACCUCUAGAGUAGCUGUGGGGCUGAUGAUGUUUCCCAGGGCCCGCGACCAAGGGUCCACGAAGCUUCCCUCGUCAUAUGUGGCCAUUGUGGCCGCCGCUUCAACAGGCGAUGGCACGGCGCAUUGCGGGAGGGUGUCAGUGAGCGGGGCUGGUGGGGGGGAGGGUUUGUCGGAGGGGGUCGGCUCUGGGAGGGACUCCAUCGUAGUCACAAACUCAUCAAAAUCAAGAAAGUUGUCCUGCGGGAAGGGAGGGACAUUGUGGUGCCCGCGCAUUAUCCUGGUAUGAUCUUCUCACCUCAUUGGUAUCGAGGAUGGCGAAGCAGAAAUGGAUGUCAUACGGAGCAAAGCGCAGCUUAUACAGAGCCCUGCACACGAGACACAGAAGGUGUCCCCAUCACAAACACAGUGGGCCACUAACUCUGCCGUCCAUUCCCUCCGUACCUGGCAAACUCCUCCCACGAUAUUUUUCGGUCCUUGUUCAGAUCAAAUCGGCGGAAAGCCUUCACACGUACACCAACAGACAGCGACACAUUUGGUUCCCAUGCUUGCCCGUCCCCCCCUCGUGUGCUGACGUCUUGUAGGUUGGCGCAUUUGUCGACCAGCUUCUGUCUAAGCGCCUGCAGUCUCGUGGACUGAAGUGCGCCUCGCUUCUCUUCAUCGAGUUUCUUGACGGCAAGGCGGACCUGCAGGAACCGAACGAAGCAGACGAUGGAUGGACACAAGCAGGCGGCGCGUCUCACUUGUUUGUAGUAGUCGCCGGGCAGCCGCAUUGGAUUCCAAUCUGUGCGUAAGUGGCAGAAAGAAAGCACCAACGAACCCAGUGCCUCGUGUGUGAGUUGUGGUGUCUCUGUCGCAUGCACUCGCUGACCGAGAUGGAGCGUCCUGAUGGUCGAUGCGGGCCCCAGCAUUCGCCUGAGGAUGCGCAGGUGGUAGAUGUCCAAAUGGCAGGUGAUGAACUUCAACACCCCCAAACAAUUCGAUAUCGGGCACCUAUGGUGCGACCAACAAAUCCACACUGUGGAUGCAGCUGUUCCACUCCCCACCAGAAAAUGCUCACUCACGCGCUGUCUUGCCAUCUCUUGGCCAUGACUCUGACAAGCACCCCCAGGAGCACCAGCGACUGGAUAUCCACCUUCAUGCCGUGCACCCACACACUCUCAUACUCGUCCUUCCUCUCCUCCCCCUUGUCCGGCUCAUCGUAGGCCGCAAAUGGAUCGUGCGCUGACCGGCCGGAGGGAUGGGCCGACACCGGCAGCGGCCCUGCUGCGGGUGUGCCCCAGAUAUCAGGCUCCUGUCAGACAAACAGGUGGUGAAGCCACGUAUGUGUGUUUGUCUGUGUGUAGUUCCUACAGGAUCUGGUGGCCUCAGCAGGUGGGCGGGGGUGGGAUAGAACUCCAGAUAGGGCAGCGGGGGCCGACACAGAGAGGGAUGGGCCGCGGGGAGGCCGCACAACUCGCAGAGGUUCUCGUAGUCCUCGCGAAACUUGCCCGUCGACUGCAUGUACACACACACACAUUGACACCCAUCGAUGGCUAUUCCUCCUUUCUGUUGUGCGUUACCUGAAAUUUGGAAGGGGAGCCAUCGGCAGAUUUGUUGAGCACGCUGCGGAGCGUGUCCUCGAGAGUGCUGAUGGCAAGCCUCUUGUUCACAGUGUCGGUCCAUGCAGGUCUGACGGGCUCAAGGUCCUCUUCGUCUCCAUCAUGGAUAUCGCCACCCUCACCAUUGGCUGCCAGGUCAGCCAUCCCUUCGUCACCCGCUGGAGGCAUUCUCUUUCGUUCGAGUCAAU